GAAAAUUUUCGUUAUAUAAAAUCGAAUGGAAGAAAGUCUUCUACUUUUCAAAACUAUUAUAAAUUACGAAUGCUUUCAAUCAUUGUCAAUUAUAUUGUUCUUGAAUAAAAAGGAUAUUUUGGAAGAGAAGAUACAAUAUUCACAUUUGGUUGAUUACUUCCCGAAAUUUACAGGUCCAAAAAACGACGCAAUAGCUGCACGUAAUUUCAUACUAAAAAUGUAUCAAGAAUUGAAUCUAAAUUCAGGACGACCAAUUUAUUCACAUUUUACUUGUGCUACAGAUACAGAGAAUAUUCGUGUUGUUUUCGUAGCUGUAAAGGAUACUAUAUUACAAACAAAUUUAAAAGAAUUCAAUCUUGUUUGAGUUUUACGCGCCAGAAUAGUGGAUGUUGUCAUAUAACUAGAAUUCAAUGUGUACUAUGGGAUUCUUGAUCAUUUG